AUGGCUGCGGUGAGGCACCGGCAGCUGGAGGCCAACGGCAUCUCGAUGCACGUGGCGGAGGCCGGCCCCGUGGACGCCUCCGCGCCGGCGGUGCUGUUCGUGCACGGCUUCCCGGAGCUCUGGUACUCGUGGCGCCACCAGAUGGGCUACCUCGCCGCGCGCGGCUACCGCUGCGUCGCGCCCGACCUCCGGGGCUACGGCGGCACCACCGCGCCGCCGGAGCCGACCUCCUACACCGUCUUCCACAUCGUCGGCGACCUCGUCGCGCUCCUCGACGCCCUCCACCUACCGCAGGUGUUCGUUGUGGGUCACGACUGGGGAGCCAUCGUGUCGUGGAACCUCUGCCUGCUGCGGCCGGAUCGGGUGCGCGCGCUCGUCAACCUCAGCGUCGCCUUCAUGCCCCGGCGCCCCGGCGUCAAGCCUCUUGAGUACUUCCGCGCCGCAUACGGCGAUGACUAUUACGUCUGCCGAUUCCAGGAACCUGGACAUGAAGCAGAAUUCACUGCUUUUGACUUGAAGAGUUUCUUCAAAUUGGCAUUGACUCUUCGGGCCACAGGUUCUUCAGUUAUGGACCUUAGAAAAAUGCAAACAUACAGUAAGCAAAUAGAGCUACCUUCUUGGCUCUCCGAGGAAGAUAUCAGUUACCUUGCAAGUGUGUACUCAAAAACUGGAUUUGCUGGUGGAGUAAAUUACUACCGCUGCUUGGACCUGAACUGGGAACUGAUGGCGCCAUGGACAAGAGCAAAGGUGCAAGUGCCGACUAAGUUCAUCGUUGGGGACGGUGACCUGGCAUACCAUCACCCAGGAGUGAAGAGCUACAUCCACAAGGGCGGGUUCAAGAGGGACGUGCCGUUGCUUGAGGAGGUGGUGGUCAUCAAAGGCGCUGGGCACUUCAUCCAGCAGGAAAGGGCGCAGGAAAUCAGUGAGCACAUCCAUGACUACAUCAAGAAGUUCGAAGCUGGUGUUCCGCAGCCACUAAGAGUUUCAAAGAUGUGA